CGACAACCCCCCGCCACGCCUUGUGAUAGCCAGGUUGCGUGUAAUUUCUACAAGCCCUAGUCGCAUUCACUUCCAAGCCUGAUACAUAAUACCAAUCUUAUUCCUCUCUAGAGGACCGCUGCCUCGCACGAGCAGCCCGCCCCCUCCGCCGCCGCAACGAUGCGCUCCAUGAUAUAUUCCCUCCUGUCGCUGGCGACGUUUGCUUCCACAUUUGCGGCAGAGACCCCGACUGCCCAGGCGACGGCUAAGAAGGAUGACUGGGACGACAAGACGCCAGACACGAUAUUUAAUGGCGAGACAGUGCCUCCCAUGAUAGAACUUGGGCCCAAAACGAUAGACACCGAGAUCAGCAAAGGCAACUGGAUAGUCGAGUUCUUCUCCCCCUACUGCAGCCACUGCAUGCACUUCAAGCCAACCUACCAAACCACCUACGAGUUCUACUACACCUCGAAACCCUUCCUCUCCAAAGACGAGCCCGAAGGCGACUCCCUAAACUCCUUCACGCGCUACUAUGACUUCAAAUUUGCCAAGGUUGACUGUGUCGCCUACGCUGAUGUCUGCAAAAAGCACAACAUUCAGAGCUACCCUACCAUGGUCUACUUCCAAGACGGAAAGGAGUCGGAGAGAGAGACGGGCUCCAAAGACAUGAAGGGCAUGAGCUCCUGGGUUGAGAGACUCCUGGAGACUCUGCGACCCGGUACACGCAAAGAGGGUGGCCCCAAACUGCCAAAGGCUGGUGCAACAUCCGUAGAGACCGGCCCAGACACAGAGGAAGCUGUCAAGGAAGAGAAGAAAGAGGCGGCUCAAGACAAGAAAGAAGAUAAGAAAGCUGCGAGCCCGGCCACCAACCUGACCCCAUCCGCCACACCCUCUCUCACCAAGACGACCAAGGCCGCUCCCGCAAAGACCGAACCCACCUCGAACGCGAACCCAUCUGGCACCGUCGAGCCCCUCACCGCCGAGACGUUUGAGAAACUUGUUACAGACACACGCGAUCCCUGGUUCAUCAAAUUCUACGCGCCAUGGUGCCAUCACUGCCAGGCUCUUGCGCCGACAUGGGCAAACCUCGCGCGCCAGAUGAAGGGAAAGCUCAACGUUGGAGAGGUCAACUGCGAUGUAGAGAAGAAGUUAUGCAAGGCAGCUGGUGUUCGAGGCUACCCAACCAUGCUCUUCUUCCAAGGCGGCGAGCGCAUCGAGUACUCGGGUCUCCGUGGGCUUGGCGAUCUGUUGGAUUAUGCAGAGAAGGCCUCAGCUGUUGGUGCUGGAGUACGUGACGUAAAUGCCGAGGAGUUCAAAAAGAUGGAAGAGACUGAAGAGGUCAUCUUCACCUAUUUCUACGAUCACGCGACCACAUCCGAGGAUUUCCAAGCGCUAGAGCGACUUCCUCUCAGCCUUGUCGGUCGCGCAAAAUUGGUCAAGACAAAUGACAAGGAGCUGUUUGACCGCUUCAAGAUUUCAACAUGGCCGAGACUGAUGGUGUCAAGAGACGGAAAGCCUACGUACUACCCACCUAGGACACCUUUCGAAAUGCGCGAUGUCAAGAAGGUCCUUAGCUGGAUGAAGUCUGUCUGGCUGCCUAUCGUCCCCGAGAUGACGUCUUCCAAUGCUCGCGAGAUUAUGGAAGGCAAAUUUGUCGUUCUAGGUAUACUGAACCGCGACCGUUCCGACGAAUUCAUCCUCUCUAAGCGUGAGUUGAAGAGCGCAGCAAUCGAAUGGAUCGAUAAGCAGGAGACCGCCUUCCAGCUAGAGCGACAGGAGCUCCGCGAUGCUAAGCAACUCCGCAUUGAAGAGGCUGAAGACAAGGACAAUCAGCGAGCACUUAGGGAUGCCAAAUCUAUCCGCAUCAACAUGGAUGACAUCCCGCGCACUCAGGUUGGUUUCGCGUGGGUCGACGGUAUCUUCUGGGAACGCUGGAUCCGGACUACAUACGGUGUCGAUGUCAAAGAUGGCGAGAGCGUUAUCAUCAACGAUGAAGAUAACCGUCGUUACUGGGAUAGCACCAUCUCUGGUGAACCUAUUCGUCUCUCUCGCGCCGCAAUCCUUGAGACCAUCAAAAUGGUCACUUCAAACCCUCCCAAGAUCGCGGCCAAGUCUACCACUGGUCGCAUUGCUGGCAUGUGGCUGUCGAUUCGCCACUUUGUCAACAAUCACCCUUUCAUCUCCCUUGGCAUGUUUGUGGGUUUCUUUACUGCUGCUACGUUGUUUGGCAACAGCAGACGAAGGAGACAGUUUGGCAGUACCGGCUCAUACUUUCAACUCGGAGAGAAGGAUGGGCUACUAGGCAGCAUGGGUAAUGGCAACUUUGGAGGCGCGAAACAUGAUUAAGCUUUGAGACAAG